GGGCGAUGCGCCGAGCCCCAGCGAGUGGUCGUUAGAGGAAGGAUGACCACUCCCGCCCUGCUGCCGCUGUCCGGGCGGAGACUGCCCGCCCUCAACCUGGGUACCUCCUCCUUCCCGCACCAUAGGGCUACCUUGAGACUCUCCGAGAAAUUUAUCCUCCUCCUUAUUCUUAGUGCCUUCAUCACGCUGUGCUUCGGGGCGUUCUUCUUUCUGCCUGAUUCGUCGAAGCACAAACGCUUUGACCUGGGUUUGGAGGAUGUGCUGAUUCCUCACGUGGAUACCAGCAAAGGGGGCAAAAGCCUUGGAAGCUUCCUGAUCCAUGGGCAAGGGCACGACGAGCACCGGCACAGAGAGGAGGAGGAGCGCCUGAGAAAUAAGAUCCGAGCAGAUCAUGAAAAGGCCCUGGAAGAGGCUAAAGAGAAGUUGAAGAAAUCCCGUGAUGAGAUUCAAGCUGAGAUUCAGACAGAAAAGAGCAAAGUAGUCCAAGAGUUGAAAAAGAAAGACAGCAGACCACUGCCCCCAGUUCCUUUACCAAAUCUAAUAGGGAUAAACAGUGGAGAACCAGCAGACCCAGACAUCCGAGAAAAAAGGAAUAAAAUUAAAGAGAUGAUGAAGCAUGCCUGGGACAAUUAUAGGCAAUAUGGAUGGGGACAUAAUGAGCUCAAACCAAUUGCCAGGAAAGGACAUUCCACCAACAUAUUUGGUAACUCACAGAUGGGUGCUACCAUAGUAGAUGCAUUAGAUACUCUUUAUAUCAUGGGGCUUCAUGAUGAAUUCAGAGAAGGACAAGAGUGGAUUGACAAAAAUCUUGAUUUCAGUGUGAAUUCUGAAGUGUCUGUUUUUGAGGUCAAUAUUCGCUUCAUUGGUGGUCUUCUGGCAGCAUACUACCUUUCAGGACAGGAGAUAUUCAAGAUCAAAGCAGUGCAGCUGGCAGGAAAACUUCUUCCAGCCUUCAACACACCCACAGGUAUACCAUGGGCAAUGGUGAAUCUGAAAAGUGGUGUUGGUCGAAACUGGGGCUGGGCUUCUGCGGGCAGCAGCAUCCUUGCGGAGUUUGGUACUCUGCAUAUGGAAUUUGUCCAUCUUAGCUACUUGACAGGGGACCCUGUAUACUACAACAAGGUUAUGCACAUUCGGAAGUUGCUUCAAAAAAUGGAUCGUCCUAAUGGACUUUAUCCAAAUUAUUUGAAUCCAAGAACAGGCCGAUGGGGUCAGCAUCACACGUCUGUGGGUGGACUGGGAGACAGUUUUUAUGAAUAUUUAUUGAAAGCCUGGCUUAUGUCAGAGAAGACGGACACGGAGGCAAGAAAAAUGUAUGAUGACGCAAUUGAGGCCAUAGAAAAACAUCUCAUCAGGAAGUCCAAUGGAGGACUGACUUUCAUUGGAGAAUGGAAGAAUGGGCACCUUGAAAGAAAGAUGGGCCAUUUGACCUGUUUUGCAGGAGGAAUGUUUGCCCUUGGAGCAGAUGGUUCCAGAGAUGAUAAAGCUGGACAUUAUUUGCAACUUGGAGCUGAAAUUGCACAUACAUGUCAUGAAUCAUAUGAUAGGACAACAUUAAAGCUGGGUCCAGAAGCAUUCAAAUUUGAUGGUGGCGUUGAAGCAGUGGCAGUACGACAGAAUGAAAAGUAUUACAUCCUAAGACCAGAGGUGAUUGAGACUUACUGGUAUAUGUGGAGAUUCACACAUGAUCCCAAGUACAGGCAGUGGGGCUGGGAGGCAACACAGGCCAUUGACAAGUAUUGCCGAGUCAGCGGCGGCUUUUCUGGGGUCAAAGAUGUCUAUUCAUCAUCUCCUGCAUAUGACGAUGUACAGCAGAGUUUUUUCCUUGCUGAAACUUUGAAGUAUUUGUAUCUGCUUUUCUCCAGUGAUGACCUUCUACCUUUAGACAACUGGGUUUUUAACACAGAAGCUCAUCCUCUGCCAGUUUUACACUUAGCCAACACCACACUGUCAGGAAAUCCUGCUUAUCGAUAAAAACAGCUCUAAGAAGAGGAAGACAGACUUUCAGCUGUUUUGUUUACAUGGACCACUUGAGAUUUCAAGCCAGAGAGGAGACAGACAGUUAAUAAAUCUUGACUGUUGAGUGAAGUACUGGCGUGAGAAACAAAGCUCUUCAACAUAUAGAUAAGCAAAAAUGAAAAACAAAAGUUCCAUUUUAUACAUGACCAAAACACUCUAGUGUGGUAUUUGCAGGACAGAGACCUGCACUUUGAACUCUAACAAGAACUGGAGUCUACUGUUUCAUAUAAAUGCAGCAGCCUAAGGAAGAAGAGGCUUUCCUGUCCAGGGAAAGGAACUAACCACUGCUGCAGUUGGCUAGUGCAAGGAACAACGCACCAGUCACCCCUGCAGAUGGGGAGGGUUCCAAAUGCUUUUAUUUCUUUGUUAUUUUUGUUUGAGGAUGACAUGAAAAAAGGAACAGCAAAAAGCAGCAUCACUGCACCAGCAGCAUCAGGAUU